GUUUUCUACGGCCAACCCUUGUAGUAGCUGAAAGAGGAAGAUGGUGAAGUUCUUGAAGCCGAACAAGGCUGUGAUCGUGCUGCAAGGGCGGUACGCAGGGCGGAAGGCGGUGAUCGUGCGCACAUUUGAUGAGGGGACUCGUGAUCGCGCCUACGGACACUGCCUGGUUGCAGGGAUUAAGAAGUACCCGAGCAAGGUGAUUAAGAAGGACUCUGCCAAGAAGACGGCGAAGAAAUCGAGGGUGAAGGCGUUCGUGAAGCUCGUGAACUACCAGCACCUGAUGCCCACUCGCUACACCCUUGAUGUAGAUCUGAAGGACGUUGUUGUUCCUGAUUCCCUCCAAUCGAAGGACAAGAAGGUCGCUGCUCUCAAAGAGACCAAGAAGCGCUUGGAGGAAAGGUUCAAAACCGGUAAAAACAGGUGGUUCUUCACCAAACUUGGUUUUUGAGCUGCAGACACUGUUGUUGUUUUGUUUCUUCUCUUUUCAGUUUCGUUGGAACAAUAGAUCUUUGUAUUCGUAUGGAUAUUGCGUUUCAAUGCUUUUGUUUGCAAAUUGCUACAUUUCAAUAGAAUUUUGUUCUGUCGUUAA